GUUACAGUUAUUUUUGAUUGAAUAUUUGUUUGUUUUUUUUUAUGUUUGUUAUGGUUGAAUCUUGCAUAUGCUGACAAUAUUAAUUUUUAGUAUAUUUGUUUUGUUGUGUGAGAAGAGGGUUGAAAGUGUGACUCACUUUGUUAGUGCUUGUGAAAGCUUGCACAAAAAGACUACAAGCAUAGACAUGACAAGGUAGCCGAAAACCGCCACUGGCUGCUAUACCAUAAGUAUGGAUAUGAGGUUACGGGUGCUUAGGACCAACAUACACCGGAAAAGGUAAUGGACAAAAAGGGGAAGGCAAAAAACCUCUGGGACUUUGACAUCCAGAUACACAAGGUAUUAGAGCACCGAAGGCCAGAUAUAGUAACAUUUAGGAGGGACAAACAAGAGUGCCUAAUAAUUGAUGUGGCAGUGCCAAGAGAUCAACAUAUCAUUAUGAAAGAAAGAGAAAAAGUUGAUAAGAACGGAGACCUGAGAAUUGAGAUUGCUAAGAUGUGGCAGCUACGAGAGUCGGACAUAAAGGUUUUCCCUAUUGUCAUCAGAGCAUUGGGUUCAAUACCAGCCAAUCUGAAAAAAACCCAUCAGAAAACCUUAGAGAUACCCUACAAUCUAGAUGUAUUGCAAAAGUCAGCAUUACUUGGAGCUGCACGCAUAUUGUGGAAAGUACUGUCUGUCUGAGGUCUUUGUUGUGACUUGACAAACACUACAAACUCCCAGUAGACACAAUAUCCUCAAUCGACAACCUCAUCAUACUUUAUACUGUGCAAUGUCUAUAAUGAUAAUAACAAUCCUUUCUACUAAAGGCACAAGGUCUGAGAUUUUGGGGGAGGGGUCCAGUUGAUUACAUUGAUCCCAGUAUUUCAUUGGUACUUAAUUUAUUGACCCCCAAAAAGAUGAAAGGCAAAGAACAAGGAUUUCUCUUGAGAUGUUUCUAAUGAAACAACCUGCAAGUGUGAAAAGUGAAGAAAGUGUUUAAAAAGCCUAAAUCAAGCAACGUGAGAGAGAAAAUGCCAGAAAUGGUUCUUCCUGAAGUCUUAAUGGAAGCAGUUUCUUCCAGACAAUAAUCCUCCUCCUCCCUGCUCCAUCAUCUUACUCAUGCACAAAUUGUCCCAUCAUCAUCAUCAUCAUCAUUAAGAUGGCAGAUGUUGUAAAAUCUGGUUGGAUUCAGCGCUAUAGCAAAAGUUUCCUGGAUGGUGGCUGGAGAAAAGUGUGGGUUGUACUGCAUAAUAAUUCCGUCUUGAAAUGGUAUAAGAAACAGACAGAUUCAGAUUCCAAAGGAGAUAUUCUACUGAAGGAAGUCUGCAAAUGGUUUAGUGUUGGUCAGUACACAAAUGGCAUGCCAGAUCAACCUGAUUUGCCAGCUGGUGCCAAGCUGGAGCAUCUCCUGGCUAUUCCAGUCAAACCAAGCAGCCGUGCCAAGAUCAUAUGGUUUCUGUUCACUAAUGACAAUGAACUAAAUGAAUGGAUGAAUGCCAUUGUCAGUGUGCUACCUCCAGCACCUCGCAAAUCACAGCAGCCAAAGGCGGCUGCUGUAUCAGCCCCGUAUCCAACUGUGCAGGCAACCCAAGCUAAUACUGUAAUGGCAGGAGCUAGAUAUGCAAUGCCAUCUGCACCCCCUGCAAAUGCACCCUCUCCUUAUUCUACUCAUGCACCCAGUUACCCACAACAGGCAUCUUAUACACAACAGGCAAGUUACCCUCAACAACCUGGUUAUCCUCCUCAGCAAGCUGCCUAUCACGGUUAUCCUCCUCAACAGGCUGCCUACCCACCACAAGCAUAUUUCUCUCAGCAACCUGGUUACCCUCAACCUUAUGGUUAUCCUCAGCAGGCUACUAAUGCCUACCCACCAAAUGCAGCUGCAUAUAGUCAAGUGCCACCACCACCUCCUGGUUAUGCUGGAGCUUAUCCUGGAUAUUAUCCUCAGCAGGGUCCCUAUUAUGGAAACACUGGAAACCCUCAAGUGGUACACAUUAAGGAAAAGAAUAAGAGUAACUUAGGAGAGAUUGCUUUGGGUGUUGCUGGGGGUGCACUUCUUGCUCAUGGAGCUACGAGUAUGAUGGGCGGUUGGGGUGGCGGCUGGGGUCUUGGCCGUUGGGGCAGUUGGAGCUCACUCAGUUCACUAAGCAGCUUUGGCAGCUGUGGAAGUUUUGGCAGUUUUGGCAGCUUUGAUUAGGCGCGAAGAGUCAAUCAGCUGGAAACCUGGAAACUAGACGACCCAUCAAUCAAAUAGCAAUGAUGACUUUGUAAAAAAUAAAAAAAACAAAACCAAAUAGAGCAAAUACAAACUGUAAAAUAAGUGAUAAGCUUAGGAAUAUUUCUAUCUAUCUGUACAUACACACACGUGUAUGCAUGCACACAUGUAUAUGUGUGUGUGUAUAUAUCUCGUUCAGUGGAUGGUACUGCGUUGUCCAUAGUUGGUUCUCUGAUUUCAAGCUACUCAUUCAGGUCUCCUGUUACCUCUAGAUUUUCAAAUUUUCAAAACUUUCAAAAUUUGAAGGAAAACGAGUGCAGACAAUGGACCUGCAAGGGUGUUGUACAGCUGUAAAAUGCAGGAAUAGCUCACACUGUAUGUAUACAUGUGUGGCUUGAAUAAAAUACUCAUCUACUCACAUACACACACUUAUAAACACUGUCAUUUUAUGUCUUUGUAUACAUUGAAAUAUACUAUUUAUCUGUCUGUUUAUCCAUGUACCUAUCUAUAAUAUGUGUGUAUUUUUCAUGUGUUUAUAAAGAUGUAUGCGUGAGUGUGUGUAUUAUAUAAGUUUAUAUCAUCACUUGACGUUCAUCUUCCAUACAUGCAUGGCUAUAUAUAUAUAUAUAUAUAUAUAUAUAUAUAUAU